CGGGGCUCUACAUAACCCGGAUGAGGCUGAGCUUCCCGGGUCUGUAGCUGGAGAGGAGGAAGAGCAGGAUCAGCUGAACUACAGAAGAAAUGAAAAAUAUUCUCCUGAAAUUCAUAUUUCACUAAGAGCAAUGUUAAUCUGCUGAAAGAGGCGAAGCAGAAGCCGUCCUGAAGAAUCUUCAGAAAACAAAGAAAUUGUUUGAUACAUUUAACAGACAAAUGAAGCCAAGUCCCGACAUGGAGAAACAUCAGCACUCUGCCAAGAGUUUUACUAAACGGAGUGAUCUCAAAAAACACCAGCGCAUUCACACAGGAGAGAAACCAUAUCACUGCUCAGACUGUGGGAAGAGUUUUAACCAACAGAGUGAUCUCAAAAAACACCAGCGCAUUCACACAGGAGAGAAACCGUAUCACUGCUCAGACUGUGGGAAGAGCUUUAAUCAACAGAUUACUCUCAAACUGCACCAACGCAUUCACACAGGAGAGAAACCGUAUCACUGCUCAGACUGUGGGAAGAGAUUUAAUCAACUGAGUAAUCUCAAAACACACCAGCGCAUUCACACAGGAGAGAAACCGUAUCACUGCUCAGACUGUGGGAACAGUUUUACUGCACUGAGUACUCUCAAACAACACCAGCGCAUUCACACAGGAGAGAAACCGUAUCACUGCACAGACUGUGGGAAAAGUUUUAAUCAAGAGAAUCAUCUUAAAAUACAUCAACGCAUUCACACAGGAGAGAAACCAUAUCACUGCUCAGACUGUGGGAAAAGUUUUAAUCAAGAGAGUAAUCUCAAAAUACACCAACGCAUUCACACAGGAGAGAAACCUUAUCACUGCUCAGACUGUGGGAGGAGUUUUAAUCUACAGAGUAAUCUCAAACUGCACCAGCGCAUUCACACAGGAGAGAAACCGUAUCACUGCUCAGAAUGUGGGAAGAGUUUUACUCAACAGAGUAAACUCAAACUGCACCAGCACAUUCACACAGGAGAGAAACCGUAUUCCUGCUCAGACUGUGGGAAGAGUUUUACUCAACAGAGUAAACUCGAAAUACACCAACGCAUUCACACAGGAGAGAAACCGUAUUCCUGCUCAGACUGUGAGAAGAGUUUUAAUGAACAGAGUACUCUCAAAAAACACCAGCGCAUUCACACAGGAGAGAAACCGUAUCACUGCUCAGACUGUGGGAAGAGUUUUACUCAACAGGGUAAUCUCAAAAUACACCGGCGCAUUCACACAGGAGAGAAACCGUAUCACUGCUCAGAGUGUGGGAAGAGUUGUACUGAAAUGAGUGCUCUCAUAAAACACCAGCGCAUUCACACAGGAGAGAAACCGUAUUACUGCUCAGACUGUGGGAAGAGUUUUACUCAACAGAAUAAUCUAAAAAAUCACCAGCGCAUUCACACAGGAGAGAAAACUAUCUCAAAUUUGUCCCACGACAAUUAAAAGUGCAAAUUGUAAAUCUUUUGGACAGAACACCUUAUCCUGCACAAAUGUUUCACCUUGUCACUUGGGACACGUUCCACCAGAAACAAACAUGAACUGAAUUUAACAAUGGAUUUUACAGGUUCAGCAAAAUGAUUCUUAUCCAGGGAUGAUGUUUAUUGAAUUACAUGUUAUGUUUUCUCGUAUAUUUGAUGUUUCAGGACAUUCUUUGUGAGACAGAGCUCAGUUUUUAGGGUAGUUACGGUAGGAGUUCAGUUCUGAAGAAGGGAAGGUCGUUUAAGUUCGAGCGAGGGCACUUACAGUGCUUGCACCAGAUGUUAGGUUAGCAUAACUUAACUUAAAAUUUAGAUGUUGUAGUUGUUAGGAGUAGAUUAGGAUUCUUAGCUUGCAACUAAACGUUCAGUACCAAACCUUCAGUGCUGAUGAUUAGAAGGUUUUGAAAGCAUUUAAUCGCUUUUCUAUCGCUUUUCUUCGCUUUCAGAUUUUAUUAUUUCUAUUCAUUUCUAGUACCUCUGUUUUUACUCUGUGGAAGCCGUCCUCAGUUCCCCAAGCUUAGCAUAGCUUAGCUUAAUGCUAUUAACUACCAGGCUGCCCAUAUGAAAGGAGACGACCACCACCUGAGCCACUCCAGAGAGUGUGCUCCCAAAAGUGAGACCCAGAGCCACAGAGAGACGACACUGUGCUGGGUACUGCCGUGUGGAGCAUCCAGACCCCGCAGAGAGACCAACAAAAUCUUUUCCAGAGGUUAAAUAAAACGCUCCAGCCGUAGUUCUAAUACUGAAAUCAACCCACUCCAGACUUGUGUAGCACAGUAAGUUUGCAGGCUUAUUUAUUACCCCUGCUGUUGUUCUCGUUUGUCUAUGGUUCAGUCGGUCUGAUUAAAUAUCUGUUACCAUAGAGGGAUCUACAUGGAUAUUUGUUUGUGUUGUAUUACUCUAGUUUAUUCUCUUUUUAUUAUUAGAUAUAUCUUGCUUAAGAUUUUUUAAUCUCCAAAGUUACUAAGAAUAUCCAGUUAAUUUAGUUCAUUGAUUGUUUUUAUCCAGUACCAACUAUUGUCUUUGUAUUGCUUCACCUCUAUAGGUAUUCAUCUGUGUGUUUCAAUAAAAGGCUUUUAUAUUGCAA